AUGCCAGUCACAGAAUUAGCGCUGGUCCGCUUCAAGGCCACCGAAGAGCCACCCUCGGCGGCUGUCAAAGAACGCCUGCGUGCGGCACAGCAAGGCCAAUCCGAAUACUCGAAAUACCCCGUCACUUUCUUCAGCCAGACGGAGGACUCUUCGUUCGUCUACUUGCUUGGUGGCUGGGAAUCUGUGGAGGUCCACACCAAUGACUGGAUUACCUCUGCAACGAACCAGAGACUACUUGGGGUUUUCGCGGAGGACCUCAGUGUUGAAUGGAUGUUCCAUCUCAACCUUGAUGUAUUAGCCUGCAUCAUCCGCCAUCCCCUCGAGGCGCCCGUGGUUGCGAUCGCCAGGUUCUUCGUUGAACCCAGUAAGAAGGCCGAGUUCGAGACGACGCUCGCGGCUGGAUUGACCCAUCUGGGCGCGUACAUUGCCCCUCUCACAUACGCCGGUGGGUGGCGACUCGAUAAAGAAGGCGAGGACGAGGAAUACGUGCUCUUCACCGGAUGGAACUCGGUCGAAGACCAUUUCAAGUUCGCCGAGACGGAGUCUUUCAAGGAGUAUGCUAAGAUCAAGCCCCUGCUGAAAGGGUCAGAAAUCAAACACGGCCGAGUGGAGAAGUGGGAAUAA